GCACACUGGAGCUUCUCUCCAAUAACCAAACACCAACAAACCCACGACACCGAACCGACGACAGCAACCGGCAAUUGCUCGUGGUCGACAUCCGCACACACAUACACAGCCAUGACCAUGACGGCAGCAACAACACAAAGGGCCCUUGCGCCCCUCGCGCGACACCAGCAAAGACUCCUCACAUCGACCACGUCGUCCUCCACCUCGGCGCGAUCCCUCUCUGCGCUCUCGUCCACCCGUCGUCCCCGAGCUCUGCUCCCCGCUUCCACAACAUCACCAAGCUCAGCAGCAAGCUUCCACACCACCCCUAACAAUGCCAUCCCCUCGGGCGGCUUCGGCGGCGCCGGCGGCAUCCCCACCUACUUCCAGAAGCCCUCGCUACCGGCCAACACCAUCAUCCGCUUCGUGCCGCAGCAGACAGCCUGGAUCGUCGAACGCAUGGGCAAAUUCAAUAGGAUCCUGCAGCCCGGUCUGGCCAUCCUGAUCCCCUUCAUCGACCGCAUCGCCUACGUCAAGUCGCUCAAGGAAGUUGCUCAUGAGAUCCCCAGCCAGAGCGCCAUCACGGCCGACAACGUCACGCUUGAGCUUGAUGGUGUUUUGUACACGAGGGUGUUUGAUGCUUAUAAGGCGAGCUACGGCGUCGAAGACGCCGAAUACGCCAUCUCCCAACUCGCGCAAACAACCAUGCGCUCCGAGAUCGGCCGACUCACCCUCGACCACGUCCUGAAAGAGCGCACAGCCCUCAACACCAACAUCACAGCCGCCAUCAACGAAGCCGCCCAAGCCUGGGGCGUGACCUGUCUACGUUACGAGAUCCGGGACAUCCACGCGCCCAAGCCCGUGGUGGAAGCCAUGCACCGACAGGUCACCGCCGAACGCUCCAAGCGGGCCGAGAUCUUGGAGUCUGAGGGACAGCGCCAGAGCGCCAUCAACAUCGCCGAGGGUAAAAAGCAGAGCGUUAUCUUGGCCUCGGAAGCGAUGAAGGCCGAGCAGAUUAACCGCGCCAGCGGUGAGGCGGAGGCAAUUAGACUCAAGGCGGUGGCUACCGCGGGAGGCAUUGAAGCGGUGGCGAGGGCGAUUGCGGAGGGUGAGGGAGCGGCGCAGAAUGCGAUUAGUUUGCGCGUGGCGGAGAAGUAUGUGGAUGCGUUCGGCAAGCUGGCGAAGGAGGGCACGGCGGUGGUGGUGCCGGGGAAUGUGGGCGAUAUUGGGGGGAUGAUUGCUACUGCUUUGAGCGUGUAUGGGAAGGUGGGUGAUACGCAGGCCAAGGCGAUGGCGAAGCAGUUGCUGGAGAAGCAGCAGGGCGAGCAACACGAGGCAGAGAAGCAGAAGGCUUUGCCCGCAGGUGUCGCCAAGCAGGAGUCGCCGGUGGAUGAUAUUGUGAAGGGGUUCGAUCAGGCUACUGAGCAGCGCUAGACGGGCUGCGAGAAUGAGAACGAGAAGAUAAAGAAGGAUGUCCAGAAGAAGGAAGAGGAAAUUCAGUGGCCAAAGCAUGAGCCGGAUAUUUAUUGGUUGGGCUGAUAUGAGUCGAAUCGAGUUGAGAGGCAGAGGCAAAAAAGAAUGGAAGCGAAGAGAGAGUUUCUAUUCGGUUGAAGCCUGGUUGUAGUUUUGUUAUUACUCACCCCUCCUCUUCCCUUUCCCGUGUGCUGGUUAAAAAAGAGGUUGGAAGAAGAAGAAGAAGAAGAAGAAGAACACAAAACAUAACAUUUGUACGUAUUAGAAGAAGAGGGCGCAAUAUGAACCAUAGCAUGCAUGGCGUUUAGUAAUGGACGAAUAUGUUGAUCACAU